AUGUUAAAGUCAGGCGGGGAUAGCACUGUCGAGUGGCUGACCCACAUCUUUAACAAGGCGUGGGUAACAGAGCGGCUCCCCAGCAACUGGACCAGAGGGAUCAUCCUGCCCUUCUGGAAGCGCAAAGAGCAGAACUCUUGUCAGGAACUGGGUACCAGCCAGGAGGGAGAGCAGCUUCUACUGAAGUUUGAAAGUGAUUCCUUUAAGGUUCCUUCUAUUGAGGAGCAAAGUGACCUGAGAGAACCAGAAGAAGAACCAGACUCUGAGCAGUUCCUCUCUCAGGACUCUGAAGUCCAUGAUGGAAGAAAUUCCAAUAACUCAGGAACUGUCACUGAUAGGAAGAAGAAAAUAAGUUGUGAAAUCUGUGGUAAACGUUGGGCCUGGAAGAGUGAACUCUCACGUCACAUGAGAACUCACACAGGUGAAAAAAAUGUUUUUUGUAAAACAUGCGGGAGAAGUUUCAGUCAACAGAAUCAUUUGUUGCGUCACAUGAGGACUCACACAGGUGAGAAGCCCUAUUCUUGUGAAACAUGCAUGAAAAGUUUCAGUACACAGAGUUAUUUGUUGGUCCACAUGAGAACUCACACGGGUGAGAAUCUGUGUUAUUGUGAAACAUGUGGGAAAAGUUUCAGUCAACAGAGUACUUUAUUGGUUCACAUGAGAAUUCACACAGGUGAGAAGCCGUAUUCUUGUCAGACAUGUGGGAAAAGUUUCAGACAACAGAGUACUUUAUUGGUUCACCUGAGAAUUCACACAGGUGAGAAGCCAUAUUCUUGUGAAGAAUGUGGAAGAAGUUUCAGUUCGCAAAGUCCAUUGUUGAUUCACAUGAGAACUCACACAGGUGAGAAGCCGUAUUCUUGUGAAUCAUGUGGUAAAAGUUUCAGACAGCAGAAUACUUUGUUGAUUCACAUGAGAAUUCACACAGGUGAGAAGCCGUAUUCUUGUAAAACAUGUGGGAAAUGUUACAGUUAUCAUCAGUCAUUGCUACAACAUAUGAAAACUCACAAAGAGACGAAUGAAUGAAAGACUCUGAGGACCCUCAUUCAGGAAGUCCAGCUUGAUCCAGAAAUCACAACAGUUCAAAUGAAAUGUUUUUGAUGUAAACAUUGUUGAGACUGUGCUGUAGAAAAAAAGGUUUAUAAUAAUGCUUUGGUUUUAUAUAGUGCCUUACAGGACACUCAGAGUUCCUUUUCAAAUGUGAUAUUCAUUCACUCGAUACUUGAUGGUGGUUUACUGAGUAUGUAGCCAGAGCUGCCCUGGGGUGGACUGACAGAAGCGAGGCUGCAGUCUCCCAUCCAGGCAGUGACCAGGUCCUCACUGGUUAGAGUGUCCUUUUGUUCUUAUUAUAUCUAAUUUGUCUACUUUUCUUGUACUUUGUGUUGACACCUUACUUUUAUCAAUAAAUACCAUUAUUUUGCCA